GAAGAAGGAAGAAGAGGGAAGAGGAGGAAAGGGAGGAGGAGGGAGGUGGCGGCGCCGUGGCGGAGGAGCAGGAGCAGGAGGGUGAUGGAGAGGAGAAGGCUCCUGGGUGGCAUGGCGCUCCUGCUCCUCCAGGCGCUGCCCAGCCCCUUAACAGCCAGGGCUGAACCCCCGCAGGACAAGGAGGCCUGUGUGGGUACGAACAAUCAAAGCUACAUCUGUGACACAGGACACUGCUGUGGACAGUCCCAGUGCUGCAACUACUACUAUGAACUCUGGUGGUUCUGGCUGGUGUGGACCAUCAUCAUCAUCCUGAGCUGCUGCUGCGUCUGCCACCACCGCCGAGCCAAGCACCGUCUUCAAGCCCAGCAGCGGCAGCAUGAAAUCAACCUGAUCGCCUACCGGGAAGCCCACAAUUACUCAGCGCUGCCAUUCUAUUUCAGGUUUUUGCCAAACUAUUUACUACCUCCUUAUGAGGAAGUGGUGAACCGACCUCCAACUCCUCCCCCACCAUACAGUGCCUUCCAGCUCCAGCAGCAGCCGCUGCCUCCACAGUGUGGCCCUGCAGGUGGCAGCCCCCCAGGUGCCGAUCCCAGGGCCUCCCAAGGGGCACAGAGUAGCCCCUUGUCUGGGCCCAGCAGAAGCAGCACAAGACCCCCGAGCAUCGCCGACCCUGAGCCCUCCGACGUGCCAGCCAACCGAGCAGCCUCCAAAGCCCCUGGAAUGGAGCCCACUGGCUCUGUGGCCGGCCUAGGGGAGCUGGACCCCGAGGCCUUCCUGGACAAGGAUUCAGAGUGUAAGGAGGAGCUGCUGAAAGAUUAUAGCUCUGAGCAUGGCAGCGCACCCCCCAACAGCAAAGACAAGACUCCUGGCAGACACCGCCGCUUCACAGGUGACUCGGGCAUUGAGGUGUGCGUGUGCAACCGGGGCCACCAUGACGACGACCUUAAAGAGUUCAGCACACUCAUCGAUGAUGCCCUGGAUGGGCCCCUGGACUUCUGUGACAGCUGCCACGUGCGGCCUCCCGGUGACGAGGAGGAGGGGCUCUGCCAGCCCUCCGAGGAGCAGGCCCGAGAGCCGGGGCCCCCCCACCUGCCACGGCCGCCCGCGUGCCUGCUGCUGAAUACCAUCAACGAGCAGGACUCUCCAAACUCCCAGAGCAGCGGCUCCCCCAGCUAGAGCUGGCCUUUCCUGCCCCCGAGAACGCGGCGCCGCCACCAGGGUAGGGGAGAACCACGAGAGAAGCAUUAAGUGACUUUCAGAGAGAGUGGUGCAGCCACUUUUGUUUUUUUCUUGUUUUUCCCUCCCUCCUCUCCUGUUUUUUCCUACAUCUCCAAGUACAGUCUCGGGUGUGCCUGCCUCUCCCCGAUAAAAGCACAGUGUUGUAGGAGGCUGAGGAGUUGCUUCCGUGACUCAUUCCUCACACCCCACCCCAGCCCUUCGGCUCCCCCUUCCAGGUCAUUUCUCACCUACCUGCUUAGGUCAGACAGGUGUGUUUCAAAAGCCCCCAAGGAAGGAGGCUAGGAUUAUGCCCUGAGAUGAUUCUUGGUGGUGGAGUGGCUUUACGUUCUGAUUUUAGUUUAAGAGAACUUCACUGUGUCUCAGUCGAGGGGAGGUGGCCUGUCUUGGCCCUCGGUAAAGAAGGAAGCCCACAGAGGCCCAGGCACGUCACCUGUGUCUGCCAGUGUCUGGGUGCCUGCAGAGCCAGAAUUGGGCUGAUCCCAUGGGAGUGCGAGGGCCGACAGACAGGGGUGAGGCAGGUCGAUAGGGAGCUUGUUAUCUCUCAGCCUUCAGGUGAGAGAUGGGUGCACGCCCAUGCAUCAUCCGGGCUCUCCUCAGCAGGCUCUGGCUAGCUGCAGGCUGGCUCAGGUCUGGAAGAGUAUGCUGCCUUCUCUUUGUUUUUUCUUUCCAAAACAGACAACAAAAGCCAGCUGAAAACAAAACACCUUACCAGUGGGAAAGGAAGUCUGUGGCCUUUCCCAAGUUGGCCUUCAAAGAGCCUGGCUGCGCUUGAGCCAGAAGGAGGCAUUUAGUGUAAGGCUGGGGUGGGGCUGUCUUAGGAACUCUGAGCAGGGAGCCCCAGGCCGUGCCGUGGCUGUGGCCGUGGCUAGAGGAGCAGCUUUCUGCAUCUCUGUCCUUUGGUCUGUGCCCACAGGUGUCUGGUGUCCUCCUCCCUAAGCCUGUGGGCCCUAGGCCUUCAGGCCUCACUGUCAUGUAUGAACAAAGGGACUGAGGACGCUGUGGUCCUCCGAAAGGGCAACCCCAUAGCCCGGCUCUCAUGCAGUAUUUUCUCUUUGAUUCUGAAUAAGUUGCGCCUGUUUGUUGUAAACUGACCACUUGGAAGAAAUAGCUUGGUUGUCUGUGGCGGUUAGGCCCUGGGCCCACCCCUUUGACUGGGGUGAUGUAUUUCUCUGUAUGCGAAGAGUCUCAGUGGCCCGGGUAGGGGGUGAAGGCCGCCGUCCAGAGGCCCGCAAGAUCCUUACUGCAGGAUCCUUUGCCUUCAGAUAACCAGUUGAGCUUUGGUAGGAACAAUCUGAAAAGAGAAAGCAAACAGCCGGAAACUAACAUUCCCCGUCCAGCCUGUUCAGAUGAAGAGUCUGGUUCUUUCCCCACUCUCGCAUGGUGAUAUUCGGACUAGGCAUUGACCUUAUGGUAAGCAAGGAAAAAGAAAUUUUAUAUAUAUAUAAAAUUUAUAUUUAUAUAUAUAUAUAAAAUGCCCCAAAACAGACAAACCCAAGGCUGUGAGUGAACAAGUGACUGCAUUUGGAGUCCACAAAACCAAAAUCCGUGUCGAACAAAGUGAAGUCCCUACGCAGUGACUUCUCAGAUGACCUGUGUGUGCGUGUGUCUGUCCGUCGUGUGUGCGCCCCAAGCCCUGUUUUCCUGUGAAGAUACUUUGAACGGCAGCCAUUCUGCUCACAUUAACCACAUAUGGAGCACGUAUGGCCCUCUCAAGGUGAUUUAUUUUACACAUUUACUGUUUACUGAACAAAUGUCUGACUGCGUACUCGGGUGUAUCAGCAGCGUCGUCGACGGCAGUCCCCGUGUUUGCCAGAGACACUGUGCUCUCGGUAGAGGUUUUACUCUACCCCUCACUGCAAUUUGCACAUUGCUCCGUGGACACUCAGAGACCUGUGUUCUGUUCCCUGUACAUGGAAACUUGCUCUGAACCUGCUGCCUCCCUCGGCCACUCUUGGCCCUCGGCAUCAGCCCUCCGGGGGUGUCUGCAACCCCUUGGGAACAGAAGACGAAGGUGGGGUUUCAGACACAAGCCUGACUGGAUCUUCAGUGACAGGCUCGGACUAACUGUGGCCCAGACGUCGGCCCCACCAGGGUUGCCAGGAGGCUUGGGCGGACGCCACGGUGUCGCAGGGUUUACCUCCUCCUGCUUGUUCCAGCCCCGCGGGCAGGCUGGUGUGCAGCCGGAGGGGGCCGGCGCGUCAGCACCCUCAGAUGCCUUUCCUCCCUCCUUUUUUUUUUUUUUUUUUUUUUAAUUAAAACCCAAACAACUCACUGAAGUGUCUCAAAGGAGAACAAGUUUUUACCAAAACGAACCCUUCUUCAGUUAGCUGAUCAAAUGGGUGAAUUGCGGCCCUCUGGAGUGUCCCCAGUUAGAGUGGGGAACCAGCGUGAGUGUUCCCUGCUCGCGUCACUGCAGCGUCCCACCCUGAAGGCAUGAGAAGCAGCAGCAGCUGGCUUGAUUUCCCCAGUCCCAGUCUGGCCCCUGCUUCAGGAGGCUCUCCUGCUCAGAGAGAAAACUGGAAAUGGGGAAUUGAAGGAGCUAGGGGCCAGGGAGAGUUGAUGGCGUCCGGUUUUCCAGGGGAAUGAGAAGGAAGGGAUCGGUCAAGGGUUCGGUGCUACAGUCGGAAGAGUUGCAGAUGCUAACACAUUCCUGUGUGAGGCUCACUACAUUUGUCAGUUAUUGUGAGUAUGUGUAUCUUAAGCAAUAAGAUUCAGCUGGUCAGACUUUUCUGGGCAGUCUCGGUGACGCAUUUCCUGUGCUGUGAUUGUUCUAAAGACAGAGUGGCUCUAACCACUGUGAGAAGCCCAAAUAAAAAUCGAUCCCAAUCA